UCCACACCGGAGAGAAACCUUUCACCUGCCAACAGUGUGGAAAGAGCUUCACUCAGAAAGUAAGCCUUACGCUUCAUAUGAAAGUCCACACUGGAGAGACCCCGUACUCCUGCCAACAGUGUGGACAUCGUUUCACUGAGAAAAGAAGCCUUGAAAUCCACUUGAGAAUUCACAGCGGAGAGAAGCCCUACUCCUGCAGAGUGUGCGGGAGACGCUUCAUUCGCAGAGAAGACCUGAAGAGCCACACGAGAGUGCACAGCGGAGAGAAGCCUCACACCUGCCCUCAGUGCGGAAAGAGCUUCACACAGAAAGGAAAUCUUUCCACUCACAUGAGAGUUCACACCGGAGAGAAGCCGUUCGUUUGUGUUCAGUGUGGCAGCAGUUUCAGAAGUAAAGCUAACUUUAACUGCCACAUGAGGAAACACUCCUGAAACCUGUUGUGAAACGGUUCAAGUUUCUCAUGGAUUCGGUAUGCGUUGCAGUCUCAGUAAUGUCUGGUUUCCAGGGGGCUAUUUUUAACAUGGAAUUGGAAGUUUACACAAGAACGCUCUACUAUUUGUUAAACACUUGACCAAUUCAAUAUGGAGUCAGUAUUGACCUUGUACAGUAUUACAGUUAGUAGAUCUAAAAGGGUGAUUAACAGCUGUCCACCAUGUUAGUACGCAAAUGAGUGGUCUGAAAAUGAGCAUCGUAUUACUCGUGUUAAGACAUGUUUAACUUUUGAAGCGGCAACGAGAGCGCCAGCCCAAUCAAAUCCAGUUUACCAGCACAGGCGCUAGCCAAUCAAAUCACGUGC